AUGAUGGCCAAUCCAGAAUUGGCAAGGGGCCGAAUAAUAUCUGCUCAAGGCAGAAAAGACUACACAAAAAUGUGGACUAUAUUAUCAGAAAAAUUGAAUUCACUUGGAUUGGGGGAGAAGUCUAUUGAAAAGUGGCAAAAGUCAUGGAGUGAUUACAAGUACAAUUUGAAGAAAAAAGCUGCAGAAAUUGAAAAAAGCCAGACAGGGGGAGAGUCAGAAAGUUUCCCUAGUUUAACGGAUUUUGAACUGAAAGUUUUGGGAAUAUAUGGAGAAUCAGACUUUGAUAUCUACUCUAACACUGAACCAAGCACCUCCCAAAAACUUGGAAUAAACAAGGAAGGUAAUUCAGUAAUACCAAAAGUAAAUCGAUUCAGAAAGAGGUCUCAUCCUCCUGCUAAAAAUGAUCAAGCAAGCUGUUUGGCAAAACUGACACCAAAGCUUAAAAGCAGAAAAAUACAAGAGAAUGAGGAUAUGAAAAAAAUCUACAAGGAUAUGGUAAAAAUAUUGAACAAUGUGAAUCAUAAUACAAGUUUGAUAGCAACAAGUCUGGAACAUUUGGUUGAAGAAAUCCGAGCAAAAAGAUGGUUGAUUGCCUGUAAUCGUGAAGAUUUAUUAGAAAAAUUGAACAAUAUACACAAAAGCCAUCGCCUAUGUGGAGAUCAUUUCGAAGCCAAAAUGUUCACGAAUCAUCUCCGUAACCGCCUGAAUUUCAAUGCUGUCCCUACAUUAUUUUCUAUUUUGGUGGAAAAUUCUUCUAAGGCAGAAGAUCAUAGUUAUGCGCGUCCACCUCUUAUAUACCCUGAAUCUGUUCCUGAAAAGAAAUAUGUACCUACUACAGUAGAUGACACCAAAAUAGCAAAUUCUCAUUUACUAAGUCCUCCGACAUCCAUUCAAACUUGUUUUACAGUAAGUGACACCGAAACAACCAGCCCAUCAGUUGAUGUUGUAAGAACAGCAUCAACUCAAACUUCAACAACUUUAUCUUUCAACUCUCCCAGAAAAAGGAAAUAUGGAGACCUAAUUAAAAAUCUCAUCAAAGAAAAUCAAAGUUUGCGACAAAAUGCAGAAAAUUUGACAGUGACUUGCAAACUCAUUAAAAUUGAACUACCCUAGAACAGUAUAAGGCUCUAAUAUUUAAAUUUUGUGAGGCUAAAGAAACUGUAUCAACACACAAGUCAGCCAAAAUAAGAAAAAACCAGGAGGAUGAAGAUAUUCCGAGCAGAUCAAAACUGAAUGUUCAAAAAAUGUUUUUUUGCCUCCCAGGAUCGCAAGCACUUCUUAAUGGCAUACGUGCCAUUCAAAUAAAUCCAGGUCUUUGCAAUUUUUCGAAAUGAUGAAAGCAAAAAUUGAUUGCUUUGAAGAGACAAAAAAAAAUUAAUAUGUCACGAUGCACCAUGGAAGUGAAAACUUCCCUAUUGAAAUAAAUAAAAUAUGAUAUAUUAUACCUGUACUUAGAAGAGAAGAGGUUAGUGGAGAAACAGAUACACUGCAAUUUUCUUUAGUUUUAAUGAUUCUCUGUCCUUAUUCCUCUACACGCUACCAGAGUUCCUCAAACUUAACCUACCCCAAUAACGUUGUAUACGCAUCAAUUAAUUAUCCUUAUUCCUCACAUACGCUAGCCGAGAAAGUUGCGUGUUUCUUUCCCUUCCACGUAUACAUUCUCUAUCUUUUUUAUACACUCGCGCUAGCGCAGUAUUGUUCUCCCGUACUUACAUAUCAACUCUGUUUCUUUGUUACUCACGCUAGUUUUUUACUUCUUUUUCUCUUUUACGCACAGAUUUGUUGCCUGUGUUUUCCCUCUCCAACAGCGUGAAGACUAAGCACUUCAACAAAAAAUGGUGCUUCUUAUGCAUUGACAGAAUGAGCCAUAAGAAAAACAGGCAUAAAAUAAAAAGUCUCGAUUACCAAGUAGACUUUUUGUUAGAUUUUAUAUUUUUUUAAUAAAUUAGAAAUUUGUUGAAUAGAUAUAUUGUAAAUAAUAUCAAUAAAUCGAUCAAAUGUUUAAAAAUA